GGGGCAAAUGCUACACAGAUAUCAAUGCAUUGAUUUUGGGUUUGUUAAAAAGCUUUGCAUUUCAAACAAAUGAAGUUAAUGCCGUAUCUAACCCCGUCGAGAUGAAAGGGCGUCUUUACGCACCAGGAUCCGUGAUAAAGACCAGACGGUGUCUGAUGCAGAUCAGUCAGGUAACAGAUACAUUCAGUCAAGUUGUAAAACAUACAGGCGUAAAUAAAUCAACGUGUAUGUGUAUUAAAGAUUUAUGUUAUUAGGGUAUCUUCUUCUGAAGUUUAUUAUAUUUAGAGGCGUUCUCAAGAGACGCCCACACGGGGGGUACCCAGGCUUUAAAAACUAAAAGUUUUGUCAUACUGAUUACCUGCAAAAUUAACUUCAAGUCGUGCUACGCCACAAUAAACAAUAACGAAACAAUGGCGGACAACUACCAGGACGGUUUCGAGAAUCAGGACUUCGAUGAAGGUUUGGAUCAGAUCCUUGAAGAGUUAUUUGAUGAGAACGUGUUGUUUGCUUGUGAUGAACCCGGUGCUGUUAAUAACGACGAGCAAGAUGUUGGCAACAAUCAGGAGCUGAUAACCCCUCCAGAAAACGUUGCGCAAGAAGUUGAGAUUAGCACCGAAUCACAACACGCCCUAGGACACGUCACAAAGCCUGCCUCCGCCGACGCGCCGGAUCCCGAGGGUGAUUCUCACAAUCUCCCAGAUGUCUCAAACGUACGCACCGAAGCUAGCGUUACGUGUAGAGUACGACAUUCGGAGGGCCAGGGAGUGAAACGUCUGAGGUUACCGGAGUGGGGAACAGACGAUGUACCAAGCACCAGUCGUUUAAGGACUUCGGAGAAUAACGAGCAGCGAUAUGAUGAAGGAGGGGUGACAGCUUGGAGCGAUUCUAUGGUGAGCGCGUGGGAUCGUGCGUCUUUUAGCGAUUCGGCAAGCGAAGAGGAGACGGAAGAAUUGCCUAACGAAGACCCUCAAGAGCUGUUCCGUGAACGUGAUUUAAAUAGAAGGCUUGAUUAUGAUAUGCUUCGCCGUGUUAAUCGACGGUUUGGCACACUUUUCGAUUUGAGCGGUCAAGCAUUGUCCUAUCGAGGUGCAGAAGAGAUCGUGGGUAAUGCUCAAAGUGAUGUGGUAGCGAUUUUGAGGAACAUCAUCGAAUGCCAACAACAGCUGAACGAAUCCUUACGUCAUGCAGCCGAAUUUUGGAGGAGUUGUCACGAUCAACUAUAUGGUGAAUUUCGUCAGUUUCAACAGCGUAUGAACGGGGUACCGGGAGAAAUCCAUCAGGUACAAGUUGAACAAAAUUUAAUUGUUAAUGCUCUUACUCUGAUCAGUGAACGUUUAAAUCUAAUGCAAAGAAUGUUAUCAGAUUUGUACCAGCGUGAUCAUCCUUGAUAUGUAUUGUCUUGUUGUUUUUAGUAUUAUUAAUUUUUAAAAAAAUUUUGGCUUGAAAAAAAAAAAAAAAAAAAAAAAAUAAAAUAUUGUUUUUUAUUUCUUACACGUAUUAUUGUUUUGUUCUAGGUAGUGAAUUGCCAUUAGUUUUUCAUUUAUUAAUAUUGUCUGUUGGGGGGUGCUUUAUAUCAUAUGGCAUGUUAUUGUAUCCCACAUUAGGGUUGUUUUACUUGUGGAGAAAAUAUAUGGUUUUGAAUUUAUAACAGUUGUAUGUUUCUGUUUUGUCAUCUAUAUCGCAUUGUGAACUGGUGUUGGUGUUUUCAGGAGUAUGCACGCUUGUCUUUAAAUUUAAAAAAAAAAAAAAAAAAAAAAAAAA